AUGACGGUCAUCCUUGAUGAAGAGCUCCCAGAUCAACAAGAAUAUACUGCAAGUUGCCAGAGAGAAACACCAACAACCCCCAAACCCCGCCAAGAUCUGCUGCUGGCUUGCCAGGACAGGGCCCACACUGCCAUGGCCUGUGCUAGACCGUGCUCCCCUGUCACCCCAAACGAGUCUCGGGCCACGGUUCCUUCUGUUCAAUCCGCCACCGGCCAACGGUCACCCCGACGCCGCCGCUCACUCUCGGGGUACCGCUGCCUGCCGAAAAUGCUCCCUGUGGCUUCCCGCGUGCUGAGGAGCGCCUCCCCAAAGCCACCGGCAAGAGUGCUGUUGGCAGCCCGUACCUUUGUAAGCGAAGCUUCGUUUGAUAUUAAGAAAUGCGCCCUUCAUCGACUUGAGGAGGGCCCUCCCGUCCAAGCAGUUCUCACCAGAGACGAAGGACUCAAGUAUUACAAGAACAUGCAGACUGUCCGUCGGAUGGAGCUGAAGGCAGAUCAGCUGUACAAGCAAAAGAUCAUCCGUGGUUUCUGCCACUUGUACGACGGUCAGGAAGCGUGUUGUGUGGGGAUCGAGGCCGCUAUAAACCCUUCGGAUCAUGUGAUUACAGCCUAUCGAGCUCACGGCUUUACCUAUGGUCGUGGACUUUCCGUCCGAGAAAUCCUGGCCGAGCUCACGGGACGAAAAGGGGGAUGCGCUAAAGGCAAGGGAGGGUCGAUGCACAUGUACGCCAAGAACUUCUACGGGGGCAACGGCAUUGUCGGGGCUCAGGUGCCGCUGGGAGCUGGCGUUGCUCUGGCCUGUAAGUACUCGGGAAAGGAUGAAGUCUGUUUCACUUUGUACGGAGACGGCGCUGCUAAUCAGGGUCAGGUAUUCGAAACUUACAAUAUGGCAGCUUUGUGGAAGUUGCCUUGUAUUUUUGUUUGUGAGAAUAAUCGAUACGGAAUGGGAACUUCUGUAGAGAGAGCAGCAGCCAGCACCGACUAUUACAAAAGAGGAGACUAUAUUCCAGGAAUAAGGGUUGAUGGUAUGGACAUUUUGUGUGUCCGUGAGGCAGCGAAAUUUGCAGCUGCCCACUGCAGAUCGGGAAAGGGCCCCAUACUGAUGGAACUACAGACAUAUCGUUAUCAUGGACACAGCAUGAGUGACCCUGGUAUCAGUUAUCGUUCUCGGCAGGAAGUUCAGGAAGUGAGGAGUAAGAGUGACCCUAUCAUGCUUCACAAAGAAAGGAUGGUGAACAGCAAACUUGCCAGUGUUGAAGAAUUAAAGGAAAUUGAUAUUGAAGUAAGGAAAGAGGUUGAGGAUGCUGCCCAGUUUGCUACAUCUGAUCCAGAGCCACCUUUAGAAGAAUUAGGCUGUCAUAUCUACUCCAAACAUCCACCUUUUGAUGUUCGUGGUGUGAAUCAAUGGAUAAAGUACAAAUCUGUAAGCUAAAAGGGAUUACUUAUCGAAACUUAUAUAAAUCCUUUAACUUUAUAUU